ACAAGUCAACAUGAAUUCUUUGUCUUUGUGUUGAACAUUUGUAUGCCCUACAAUGCAACUUGCUAAGCUAAGCUCUAUUAUUACCACUCACUUCAAAAUUUGUGUUGUCUAUCCACUCAUACAAACAUCUGAAAAUUUCAAUGGAAAAGUUUCACUUGCUGCUCAUCCCAUCCCUUUUUCUUCUGCCUGUAGUUUCAUCAUUAGCAGCUGAUACUUAUUUCAUCAACUGUGGAUCAAAGUCCAGUGUUUCCGUCGACCACCGGACUUUUGUUGGUGAUGAUGUCUUCAAUUCUGAUUCUCUUAAGGUAGUAGGAACAAGCAAAUCUAUCAGAAACACCUCAGUUUCAUUACCUGUUCUUUAUCAAACAGCAAGAAUUUUCGAGCAACAGUCAUCGUAUGAGUUUAAACUCACUAGCAAUACCACAUACAUAAUUCGCCUGCAUUUCUUUCCAUUCAUGUAUGAUGGAACUAAUAAUCUUUCCGAUGCCUCAUUUGAUGUCGCGACUUCUUCGAAAUUCUUGCUGUUUAGCGCUAGACGCGCUAGCGACUUUCAAGCGACUGUCAACGAGUAUUUUACCACUGUCAAUGCUCGAACGUUUAAAAUAUACUUCAUUCCUGCUCAUAAUUCAUCACUUGCUUUUGUUAAUGCUAUUGAAGUUAUUGGUCUUCCUGACGACUUUAUCAACGAUUCAGCCAUUGCAGUCUUUCCGGUAAAUGGUACGUUUUACUCUGGUGUGCAUUCGAAUUCUUUACGAACACUUUACAGGAUAAAUGUUGGUGGUUCGGAGGUCAGUAGAACAAUGGAUAGCCCCCUCUGGAGGGAAUGGACUGGAGAUGAUCAGUACCUAGUCUCCAAAAAUUCUGCCAACAACUGUACUGCGUUUUCUGGUAGCUUCACUGGGAAGGAGGGAAUUCUAGACAUUGCUCCGGACAUUGUGUACAAGACUUGCAAGCAAAUCAACUCCAAUGCGUCCAACAUAACUUGGCAUUUCCGUGUCAGAAAGAAGGCUAAGCAUUUUAUUCGCUUCCAUAUCUGCGAUAUUUUGAGUCAGACAGGGGGUAUUUUGAACUUUGAACUUCACAUUUAUUCGAACUUUGAACAUCACAUUGGUUAUCCUGAAAUUACUGAGACGGAAACUCCAUAUUUCCUCGACUUUGUGGCUGAUUCUGAUGAUUCUGGAUACAUUAAAAUCAGUGUUGGUCCUAACAACACUUCUGAAACCAGCAAUGCUUUUCUAAAUGGUAUAGAGAUUAUGGAAUUUGUGUCAAAUACAACCCUCCUAUUCAACGAUUCUGUGGAUGGACAUGGAGGCCAACACAAGAAUCUCAUAAUUGGACUUGCAGUUGCCGGUGGGGCUAUGAUUUUCAUUUUGAUAAUGUUGUUGUUGCUUAUUGUGAGAUAUAGAAGAAGAGCUAAGGGUUUAGUUAUGAAGGAUGAGACUCCCCAAGGAAGAGCUAGGCCUCACAGUUGGGUGCCCGCGACAAGCGAAAACUCUGCCUCCCCUCUUCCUAAUUUUAACCUCAAUCUGAAGAUGCCUUUAUCUGAAAUUCUAGCUGCUACAUCCAACUUUGACACCAAGUUGUUGAUCGGUGAGGGCGGAUUUGGUAAGGUUUACAAAGGAACCCUUUCGGAUGGCAUGAAAGUGGCUGUGAAACGAAGUGAGUCGGGUCACGGUCAAGGCCUUCCAGAAUUCCAAACUGAGGUUACUGUUCUAUCCAAAAUUCACAAUCGCCAUCUUGUUUCCUUAAUUGGAUACUGCGACGAAGGAUCUGAGAUGAUAUUGGUUUACGAAUUCAUGGAAAAGGGAACUCUAAGAGACCACUUAUAUACAUCGAAAGAGGAUUCGAUCAAUUCAUCUACAAUACCGCAAUUAACUUGGAAGCAAAGGCUUGAAAUGUGCAUAGGUGCAGCAAAAGGUCUUCAUUACCUCCAUACUGGUUCGGAUUGGGGAAUCAUUCAUCGUGACGUUAAGUCAACAAACAUCUUGCUUGAUGAAUAUUAUGUUGCCAAAGUUGCUGAUUUCGGUCUCUCACAAUCCGGUGCUCCUGAUCCAGACCAUGACGAUAUGGAUCUUAAAGGUAGUUUCGGAUAUCUCGAUCCUGAAUAUGUUAGAACUCUUGAGUUGACCUAUAAAUCGGAUGUAUAUGCUUUCGGUGUGGUACUUCUUGAAGUUCUUUGUGCUAGACCGCCUAUUGUUAGUUCGUCAAGGAGAGAGGAAAUAAACUUGGCUGAAUGGGGAAUGAUAUGGCAAAAGAAAGGGCAACUAGAAAAGAUUGCUGAUCCUUUAUUAGGUGGACAGAUAAAUCCUAGUUCGCUCAGGAAGUUUGGCGAAAUAACGGAAAGGUGUUUGAAGUUACAAGGAGCUGAUAGGCCUACAAUGCUUGAUGUAUGCUGGGAUUUGCAAUAUGCAUUGCAGUUGCAACAUACUGCAGUACACAGAGAACCACAUGAGGACAGCACAACAGAUAUUUCAUCAAGUUAUAUAUUUCCUGCAAGUUCUACCAAUUUCCCUGGCGACGAAGAUUGUAAUUCCAAUGGAGAUGAUGACGAAUUUGGCUCCAAGCUUGUAUUCUCCCAGUCAAUGAUUGAUGGUCCCAGAUAAUCUAUGUUGUUAUGUUUUGACGUUUCGUUCUAGGAGAUGCUUCAGCAUUUUCCCGUUUCAACAUUUACGGGCAAUAUAACGCUUUAGAAGAAUGUGUUGAAGGUCAGUGAAUGCCUGAAGAAGAAGGAAACGUGUAAUCGCUAAGUUAUGAUUGUUAGUUCAACUUCGGACUGCUUAGGUUGAUCAGUCUCGUAACUUGUUUUGCUUGAAUUAUGUGUUUUUAGUGUUCUUCUCAUCAAUAUUAUGAUGAAAAUUCACAUUGAAUAACAUGAUACAUUGGAAAUGAAAUUGAAUUAUAUAACUUUUCAA